AUCCUCGUUUCUUUAUUUGCCCCCUUUCCCAGGUGCUGAAUCCAUCUACCACCCGAAUUGCUCCCAUAUAAAUCUCUCAACCAGUGCUUCAUUGCGGGGAGAGCUACCUGUCCAUCUAUAUAUCAAAGGAUAGCUCUGUACUACGAAGAAAGUCCUACCUCGGUAAAAGAAAAAUAAGGACUUGUACACUAAACACCAGGCACCAUGUCUUCCGCGCAACAACGUCUGUCCUCCAUUGCAAACCAGCUCUCCGCUCCCGGGGCCGCAAAGCAGAAUAUCCUGGCCAAGAACCCCGAUGACGUGGUCAUCACGCUAGCUGUGCGCACACCCCUUACGAAAGCUCGGAAAGGUGGCUUGAAGGAUACCAACUUGGAUGACCUUCUUGUGUCCCUGCUGACGUCCGUCCGCGAGCGAUCAAAUCUGGACCCGAACCUUGUCGAAGAUGUCUGCGUUGGCAACGUAUUAUGCCCCGGCGGAGCGUAUGUAGCACGCUCGGCCGUGUUGGCGGCCGGGUUUCCCGUGACUGCCGCGGCGUCGAUCGCAAACAGAUUUUGCUCGUCUGGUCUGCUGGCCGUUCAGAACAUUGCGAACCAGAUCAUCAGCGGCUCGAUUGAUGUUGGUGUAGCGGUGGGAGCGGAAAGCAUGAGCACCAAUGCCGACGGUGGACCUCCGGAUAUGUCCGAGAAGAUCAUGUCGCACCCGUUGGCUUCGCAGAACAAGCAGCCCAUGGGCCAGACCUCUGAGAACGUUGCGGGUCAAUUCAACAUCUCUCGGGAGCAGCACGAUCGAUUCGCUGCUAACAGUUAUCAAAAGGCGGAGCGUGCUCAGAAGGCGGGUUGGCUGAACGACGAGAUCGUCCCUGUCCACACCCAGAUCAAGGACCCCAAGACUGGUGAGGUGAAGAACGUGGUUGUGGACCGUGACGAUGGCAUUCGCUACGGCACCACUGCCGAGUCGCUCGGCAAGAUUCGCUCGGCAUUCCCUCAGUGGCAGCCCAGCGCCACUACUGGCGGAAAUGCUAGUCAGAUCACGGAUGGCGCUGCGGGUCUCAUUCUCAUGAAGCGGUCUCGAGCUCAGGAACUGGGACAACCCAUUCUGGCCAAGUUCUGUGGAGCUACCGUCGCCGGUUUGGAGCCCAGAAUCAUGGGUAUUGGUCCGUCCAUUGCUAUCCCCAAGAUCCUCACCAAGUUCGGACUGUCCAAGGACGACAUCGAUAUCUUCGAGAUCAACGAGGCGUUUGCAUCCAUGGGCACGUAUUGCGUCCAGAAGCUUGGUCUUGACGAGACUAAAGUAAACCCCCGGGGUGGUGCAAUUGCCAUUGGCCAUCCAUUGGGAUGUACCGGAGCUCGUCAAGUGGUCACUGCCCUCUCUGAGUUGCGACGACAGAACAAGAGAGUGGCAGUCACCUCCAUGUGUGUUGGAACGGGUAUGGGUAUGGCCGGUAUCUUUGUUUCGGAGCACUGAAAGUUGAUAUGAUGCGAUGAGAGGGCAAGGAUGGUUUUCAAUGUGUAAAUAUGUUCCAGCUCAAUUAGAGAUGAAUAGCGACAGUCA